AUGGUGAUGCAUGGCCGCCUCUGCUCAGCCUCAGCAGGAGUGAUGCUGCCCUACCGGAGGGAGAGCCCAGCCCUUCCCCGCUGCCCGGUGCGAGGAGGAAGGGUGGUUCAUGGGCCCCAGUUCGCCUACUGCCCCAGCCCCCAAGAGCUGGGGUGCUGGGCCAGGGUCCAGUCCAUCUGUGUCUCCCUUCUCAAGGUGCCUCUGAUGUUCGGGUUCCUGUACCUCUUUGUGUGCUCCCUGGAUGUGCUCAGCUCUGCCUUCCAGCUGGCUGGAGGCAAGGUGGCUGGGGAUAUCUUCAAGGACAAUGCCAUCCUCUCCAAUCCAGUGGCUGGGCUGGUGGUGGGCAUCCUGGUGACCGUGCUGGUGCAGAGCUCCUCCACCUCCACCUCCAUCAUCGUCAGCAUGGUCUCCUCGGGGCUGCUGGAGGUGCGCUCUGCCAUCCCCAUCAUCAUGGGCUCCAACAUCGGCACCUCUGUCACCAACACCAUUGUGGCCCUCAUGCAGGCAGGUGACCGCAGCGAGUUCAAACGGGCUUUCGCUGGUGCCACGGUGCACGACUGCUUCAACUGGUUGUCAGUGCUGGUCCUGCUGCCGCUGGAGGUGGUGACUGGGUACCUGCACCACGUCACUCGCCUGGUCGUGGCCACCUUCAACAUCCGCAGCGGGAAGGAUGCCCCUGACUUGCUAAAGAUCAUUACGGAGCCCUUCACCAAACUUAUCAUCCAGCUGGACAAGUCAGUGAUCACAGGCAUUGCAACAGGGGACGAGAGCCUGCGCAACCGGAGCCUCAUCCGUGUCUGG